AUGGGAGGAGAGAGGAAACGGAAAAUUCGUCAAGAGAAAAAUGGCGGAGCGUGGUGUCCGAAAGCACAGAUCAGUAGCGAAAUCCGCGAGUAUCUCGAAGUCGAUUUGGUUCGAGAUCAUUUGAUCACGUGGACGGAAACGCAGGGAAGGUUCGGUAACGGUCAGGGACAAGAAUACGCCGAAUCAUUUUUAAUUGAAUACUGGAGAAAUUCAUUAAACAAAUGGUCUUCCUAUAAAGAUUCGAAACAACGAAAGAUAUUAAAGGGCAACAGCAACACGUAUUUGGUUGUGAGGCAAGAACUGGAACUUCCGUUUGUGGCGAGCAAAGUGAGAUUCAUCCCUUACAGCGAACAUCCGCGUACGGUUUGCAUGAGAGUUGAAAUUUACGGAUGCUCGUGGGAACGUGAGUAUUGUGCUACUAUUUUCUAA